GCUUGUUGGCCUGUGGCUCGGAACUUCCCCAUAAGUAUUGUCUAUAUGAUUUUUUCUGCGGUACGGAUUGCUUCAAAUUGCAUCUAAAAGGCGCAAGACGGUCAUCUUGCGUCUUGGCCAAUCUUUAGCCCUUGUUUAUAAAUAACCCAUACUAGUGCUCCGCAAAUUUCUGGUCGCUUGACUUUUGCGCCAGUAAGCCACUGCUUUCAACUGGGGGCAUCGAAGUCGAGAGUUCAACUCGAGAUGUCUUCAUUAAAGAAUCAGGAUCAGAGCUCUAUCAAUUCGACUUACUCUGCGGAAGCUAAGUAUAAACGUUCGUGGGGCAGUUAUAUCUGGGAUACAUGGGACAAAUCACCUGAAGAGCGGAGGUUCCUGACCAAGCUCGACUCAUGUCUCUUGACCUACGCCUUCCUGUCCUAUCUCAGCAAGUAUCUAGACCAGCAAAAUAUCACGAAUGCUUACGUCUCGGGAAUGCAGGAAGACCUCCAUUUGGUUGGCAAUGAUUUAAACUACAUCACCACCGCUUGGACUUGUGGAUACGUUAUUGGACAAAUCCCCUCCAACUUAUUGAUCACCCGAAUUAGGCCAUCUUUAUGGAUACCCGCCAUGGAAGUCUUAUGGAGUGUGCUGACAGUGUUGUUAUCCACGUCCAAGAACUUUACGCACCUAGUUGUCAUUCGUUUCUUCGUUGGUCUAGCGGAAUCGACAUUUUACCCUGCCAUGCAAUACGUUAUAGGUAGCUGGUACAAGACAGACGAGCUAGGAAAACGUGCUUGUAUCUUUCAUGUGGCCAGUGCUAUUGGACCAAUGUUCAGCGGAUUUCUGCAAACAGCCGCAUAUAACGGAUUAAACGAGGUUCAUGGUCUUGCAGGUUGGAAAUGGCUAUUUAUCAUCGACGGCAUAAUCACCAUCCCUAUCGCUUUACUCGGAUUCCUCAUUAUGCCGGACCUUCCUAACAACACCAGACCUUCUAAAUGGCUUUAUACCGAAGCACAGUUGGAGAUUGCGAAUAAACGCAUGGCGGAAAUCAACAGAAAACCCCCAUCGAAAUUUACGAAAGCAAAGAUUCUGGGAUUUUUUACAACGUGGCACAUUUACACGCUCGUCCCUCUUUAUAUACUAUUCAACAACGGUGGGGGACCGGCAUCCUCGAUGAUCUUUUGGUUGAAGAGUUUCAAUACCCCAACCAAGACUGUUUACACUGUAGGACAGAUUAACAUCUACCCUCUGGGGCAGAAUGUCGUACAGGUCGUAACUACACUGUCUUGGGCUUGGUUCUCAGAUGCAAUCGGUAUGCGGUGGCCUCCUAUGAUUUUGUCUGGAACAUGGAGUAUGAUAAUCUGCAUUCUGCUUGCAGUAACGCCUUUGUAUACACACAUUGCCAGAAGAUGGGCAUUAUACUACAUGACAACGGUACCCGCGGGAAUGUCAGGCCUUAUACUAGCUUGGGCUAAUGAAUUGACAGGGGCAGACAGUGAAAAACGAUCUUUCGUCGUCGCAUCUUGUAACAUGUGGGCUUAUGUUAUGCAGGCUUGGCUCCCAAUUGUUCUAUUUCCACAGGUAGAACAACCCCGAGUACUCAAAGGAAACAUUGCCACUGCUGGCAUCAAUUUCGGAAUGAUGUUCUUCGCAUUCUUGACGUAUCUUCUCCAACGAAGAGAUGCUCAUCGGCAAAGGAUCCUUGAGAAGUCACAAAGCACUCCUGACAAUGGAGCCCGUGUUGAGGGGUUACCCUAUGAAGGAACCGAGUUGUUAAUAGGUUAGACAGAUUCGGAGUCACUGAACUGGUUUUACUCCGUAAGCCAAGGAGGGAUUUAAACCUAGGGAUGAUUGAAGAUGACUUUUUGCGAUUGUGUCUCGAAAGAAUUCAGUAGAUCGAGAGUUGCCCACGGAACCCUCUGAGUCGAUAAGUCAAGAUACCGUAGCAGGAAAGAUUGA